CUUCUUCGGAAGUCAGACCGUCACCGUCACCGGAGAUUGAUCAUGGCUCGACUUCGCCGUCAUCAUCGUCGUUGCCAUCGUCGCCGGAGAGAGGACGAAGGCGCCGAGCGGGAGGUGACUCCCGCCACUCGACCAAGCCGCCCUCAUUUCUUCAAGAUCAUACUCUCCCACACCCUCGAAUCUGGAAAGCUUGGAAUCCCAAAGAGCUUCUUAAGCAGACAUGGAAAAGAUCUCUCGGGUCUGGUGCUUCUCAAGGUUGUAGGUGGUUCAACCUGGCCUGUGGAGCUAGAACAGAGUGACAAUGACGUGGUUUCGUUGUGGAGAGGGUGGCGAGAGUUCAUGGAGCAUUAUUCCAUAGGUCAUGGUCAUUUCAUAGUCUUCAAAUAUGAAGGGGACUCUACUUUCGAUGUGAUAAUAUUCGAUAAGAGCGCUUCAGAGAUCGAUUAUCCCUUGAGCAUCCAAAGUCACGCAGCAGCAAGCCCCGAGGGCGAAUUCGUCUCUCGGAAAGAGGAAAAUGUUGUGGAAAUCGAAGAUUCGGAGGGGUUCGUGCCUCGUCCUUGGCCAAGUUCAAACGGCUCGUCACGAGAAUUUGGAGGUCCAAGUUCUCUCCCUGCUCUUGAAUUAGCCAGCAAAUUUGAAUCAGACCAUCCAUUUUUUAAAGUGGUGAUGCGACCUGCGUAUGUUCGGAAUUAUUUGGGCAUUCCUCGGGAAUUUUUCAGGAAACAUGUUCAGAAGAACAAGCAAGUUGCGACUCUUAGGUACUCAGACAGAUUGUGGCAAGUGAAGCUGAGGAGCUAUGAACACCAAAAAAUGACAUUUCUCUCCACCGGUUGGUCCUCAUUCGUGAGAGAAACUGGUCUUUGUGCAAGAGAUGUCUGCGUGUUCGAGCUCAUUGAUAGGGAUGACAUUGCGUUUAGAGUCUCCAUUUUCACUAGUGAUGGUCGGAUCGAAAUCGAACAGUCUCAAUGCCGAGAGAGCUCUUCGGAGCCAGCUUUUCACGGUACUCCAUGUCUGAGCCCAGUCUCUGCUCCUGAAAAAGUUAGGGGAUUUGAAUCGGACCAUCCAUUUUUCAAAGUGGUGAUGCGGCCUUCUUAUGUUUGGAAUAAAUUGGCGGUUCCUCGUGAAUUCUUCAGGAAGCAUGUUCAAACGAACAAGCAAGUUGCGACUCUUAGGUACUUAGACAGAUUGUGGCAAGUGAAGCUGAGGAGCUAUGAACAUCGAGGAAUGGCAUUUCUCUCUGCCGGUUGGCCCUCAUUCGUGAGGGAAACUGGUCUUCGUGUAAGAGAUGUAUGCGUGUUCGAGCUCAUUCAUAGGGAUGACAUUGUGUUCAGAGUCUCCAUUUUCACUAGUGAUGGUCUGAUCGAAAUCGAACAGUCUCAACUCCGAGAGAGCUCUUCUGAGCCUGCUUUUCACUUUUCUCCAUGUCUGAGCCCAGUCUCUGCUCUUGAAUCAGCCAGCGAAUUUGGAUCCGACUAUCCAUUUUUCAAAGCAGUGAUAUGGCCUUCUUAUGUUCGGAAUAAAUUGGGCAUUCCUUGUGAAUUCUUCAGGAAACAUGUUCAAAAGAACAAGCAAGUUGCGACUCUUAGGUACUCUGACAGAUUGUGGCAAGUGAAGCUGAGGAGCUAUGAACACCGAGGAAUGGCGUUUCUCUAUACCGGUUGGUCUUCAUUCGUGAGAGAAACUGGUCUUCGUGUAAGAGAUGUCUGCGUGUUCGAACUCAUUGAUAGGGAUGACAUUGUGUUCAGAGUCUCCAUUUUCACUAGUGAUGGUCGAAUCGGAAUCAAACAAUCUCAAUGCCGAGAGAGCUCUUCCGAGCCAGCUUUUCACUUUUCUCCAUGUCUGACCACAGUCUCUGCUCAUGAAAAAGCCAGGGGGUUUGAAUCGGACCACCCCUUUUUCAAAGUGGCAAUGCGUCCUUCUUAUGUUAGCAAAUAUUUGGCCAUUCCUUGGGAAUUCUUCAGUAAACAUGUUCAAAGGAACAAGCAAGUUGCGACUCUUAGGUACUCAGACAGAUCGUGGCAAGUGAAGCUGAGGAGCUACUAUCACAGACGAACGGCAUUUUUCUCCACCGGUUGGCCCUCAUUCGCAAGAGAAACCGGUCUUCGAUUAAGCAAUGUCGGCGUGUUUGAGCUCACCGAUAGGGAUGAUAUCGUGUUCCGAGUCUCCAUUUUCAGAAGUGAUGACAUUCUUCCUAUUCUCAGUCAGUAUUCAAAUCCCAGAGAAACCUAUUCAGAAUCUGUUUGUUCUUUGAUUGAUGAGAUAAUCAUUUGGGAGGUGCGAAUUCUACUUGGUUAUAUCUUCUGGGAAGAGCUUGAAAGUCGGAUCGAAAUCGAAAAGCCUCAAUGCCGGGGGAGCUCUUCGGAGCCAGCUUUUCAUAGUUCUCUUCCGUGUCUGACUCCUGUCACUGCUCAUGAAAAAGCUAGCAAAUUUGAAUCGGAGCACCCGCUUUUUCAUGCUGUGAUGUUGCCAAAUCAUAUGAACCGAAAAUUGAACAUUCCUUGGGAGUUCAUAAAGACAUACGUUCGGGAAGUCCCGCGAAUGGCGACUCUUGUUAGUUCCGGCAGAUCGUGGGAGGUGAAGCUCUAUGGCUAUCGGCGCUUCCACAUUGCAUGCUUGGCAGCCGGUUGGCCCGUGUUCGCAAGAGAAGCUCGCUUGCGCGGAGGAGAUGUCUGCGUGUUCGAGCUCAUCGAUAGGGACAAUAUCGUGUUCAGAGUCUCCAUCUUCAGGAAUGCAAAUAAAGGAGUGAUUUGCAUCGAUUGA